GAGUAGAAUUAUAAAACAAUGUCAGAACAGCGCACCUCAAAUAAACCCAUCACUCUCACACACCAACCACAGAGCCCCGCCCACCCGCGCCACGCAAGCGCAGUAUCAGGGAGCUGUCCGCGUCAGUCGGUCCUGAACCGUCCUCUCAGAAGCAUCGUCCUCGGUCUCUCCUUCUCCCUCUGGAGCCAUGGAGGAAGAGUUAAAAUGUCCCGUCUGUGGUUCUCUCUUCAGGGACCCGGUCCUGCUGCCCUGCUCUCACAACGUGUGUCUGGCCUGUGCCCGGAACAUCACGGUGCAGACCCCGGACGGAGAGACCCCGGUGCAGAGCCGAGCCUCGGGCAGCUCGGACUACGACUACCUGGACAUGGACAAGAUGAGUCUGUACAGUGAGACGGACAGCGGCUACGGCUCCUACACUCCCUGCCAGCUCAAGUCCCCGAACGGGGUUCGGGUAUUUCCGCCGGCCUUCGCCCACCGCCACUGCUCCCUCACCUGCCCGCUGUGCCACAGGAGCGUCUCUCUGGAUGAGCGGGGACUCCGGGGCUUCCCCCGGAACCGGCUGCUGGAGGCCAUCGUGGCUCGGUACCAGCAAAACCGCGCCGCCGCCGCUGCUGCUGCUGCCGCUGCUGCUGCUGCCUCCUCCUCCACCUCCUCAUCAACGGCGGUGAAGUGUCAGCUGUGCGACCGAAACCCGGUGGACGCCACGGUGAUGUGCGAGCAGUGCGACGUCUGCUACUGUAACGCGUGCCAGCAGCGGUGCCACCCGUCCCGGGGUCCGCUGGCCAAACACCGCCUGCUGCCGCCGCCGAACCAUUCGGCGGGCGGAGGAGCAGCAGCAGCAGCGGCAGCAGCAGGUGGAGGAGGUGGAGGUGGAGGCGGACAGCAGCUACAGCCUCAGCCGCCCGUCACCGCCCGGAAACCGGCGACGUGCGUGGACCACGAAGCGGAAAACUUCAGCAUGUACUGCUGCGGCUGCAAGGCUCCGGUGUGUCUGAAGUGUCUGGAGGAAGGAAAACACGCCAAACAUGACGUCAGACCUCUGGCUGCGAUGUGGAAACAACAUAAGUGUCAGCUCUCCCAGGCCUUGAACGGCGUCUCCGACAAAGCCAAAGACGCCAAGGAGUUUCUGGUCCAACUCAAGAACAUGCUGCAGCAGAUACAGGAGAGCGGCGUGGAGUUCGAGGCCUGUCUGGUGGCUCAGUGUGACUCCCUGAUCGAGGCUCUGACCAGACAGAAGGCCAAACUGCUGACCAAGGUCACCAAGGAGAAGGAGUACAAGCUGAAGGUGGUGCGAGACCAAAUCACCCACUGCACCAUGAAGCUCCGUCAGACCACAGGGAUGAUGGAGUUCUGUCUGGAGAUCCUCAAAGAGAACGACCCCAGUGGGUUCCUUCAGGUGUGUCGCGUAGCAUCGUCCCAGGACCAGUGGGUCAAAGGGGCCCUGGAGCCUAAGGUGGGCCCCGAGUUUGACCUCACCCUCAGCACAGACUCUCUGCUCCAGAACAUCCUGCAGCUGGACUUCUGCCAAGGCAAAGUGGAGACUGGACCGUCGGUGCCGGGGCCCCCGCUCCUGCAGCUGGAGAAAUGCUGCACCAGGAACAACAGCGCCACCUUGGCCUGGAGAGUGACAGCGCCCACAGGGAACCCGAUCGAAGGCUACAUCCUGGAGCUGGACGAUGGCAACGGCGGGCAGUACAGGGAAGUGUACGUUGGGAAGGAGACGGUGUGCACGGUGGACGGCCUCCAUUUCAACAGCUCCUACAACGCCCGGGUGAAGGCCUACAACGCCGUCGGUGUGGGGCCGUACAGCAAGACCGUGGUGCUGAAGACCUCAGAUGUGGCCUGGUUCACCUUUGACCCCUCCUCAGCUCACCGGGACAUGGUCCUGACCAACGAGAACCAGACGGUGACCUGCAACAGCUACGACGACCGCGUGGUGCUGGGAACGGCUGCUUUCUCCAAGGGCGUCCAUUACUGGGAGGUCAGCAUCGAUCGAUACGACAACCACCCGGACCCGGCGUUUGGCGUGGCCAGGAUUAACACCGUGAAGGACAUGAUGCUGGGGAAGGACGACAAGGCCUGGGCCAUGUAUGUGGACAACAACCGCUCGUGGUUCAUGCACAACAACUCCCACACCAACAGGGCCGAGGGGGGCAUCACCAAGGGCUCGACUGUGGGGGUCCUGCUGGACCUGGUCAAACACACCCUGACCUUCUUCAUCAACAAAGAGCAGCACGGACCCACCGCCUUCACCAACCUGGACGGGGUCUUUGUGCCGGCGGUCAGCCUGAACAGAAACGUUCAGGUGACCUUACUCACCGGCCUGGAGGUGCCAAAGAAUAUCAAACAGUAGGAGCUAACCCUCCUCCACCUCCUCCUCCUCUGAACAUGCUCUGGAGACACACUCCCAACAUCAAUCAUGUCCAGAGUGGAUGGAUUUUCCUCCCCCACCCUCACCCUCACCCUCACCCACCUUCAUCCUUCUCCAUCUGUUGACGCUCCUCACGUUGCACCACCAUCAUCAUGGACGAGGUUGUAUAUUAGCGUUUGUACAGUAGCUGUACUGGAACCAUGACUGGAGUUACUGUGGACCCUGGUACAGGACUCUCUGUUGUACCCUCACCCUCCUCAACCCUGUGGCUCUAACCAAAUCAGAGGUAAAAAGACUUCUACACCAACCGCAACCCCUGGUCCGUGGACCAGUGCCAGUCCGUAGGUCAUUUGGUACUGGAUCUCAGUGGGAUGCAGUUAAAAAAAAAAGCACUUCAGUUUUCUCCAAAUUUACUUCAUUCAAAAUGAAUCCAGUCAAUAUCCCUUUACUUUUUUUAUUUAAAAGAUAUUUUAACAAUAUUUCGAAACAGGUCAAAGGUCAAUUUGAAAAUUGAAAGAUCCUUCAGUGAUGACGUUAUUACGGCUGUCACUGGCCGACCGAUCCUUGAUACCUACACUGUGCAGUGACCUAUGUUGACCUGUGUACAGUCCAGUGGGUCAUCUGACCUCUGAGGGUUUUUUAAGCAUGCUGCCUCAAACGGACUGUUUUUUCUGUCCCAGUUCUAACGGCGUGGUGGGCAGUUUCUGUUUCUGCUGCUGAAAUAUUAACCAUAAAAAUAAAAAGCGACCGUUUCCCUGCAGCUUCCUCCGAGCUGUGGCUGCAGCAGUUCUGCCCACAGCUUCAGGGGAUUUUAGUUUGAGUUUAAUGGAAAAAUGAUUUAGGACCUGAGGCAACAACUGGACAUGAGGGGAAAUAAAAAAUUCAUGUGGAAAAUCCACACAGCCGGAGAACAACACAAAAACUACAGUGGCAUAAAUGUAUUGACCAAUCAUGUUUGAACACAAAACACAUUGGACCAAAAGACUUUUUAAGUUUCUUAAUUUUGCUGCACAGAAAAGAAGAAAUCCACACUUCAUUAAGUUCAAUAAUAAUAAUGAUUUAUUCCAAAGUCAUUAUUGAGUUUUUCUCUGUAGAUGAAGUUUGUUCUUUUAUACCUUUACACAGACUCUAACCUCAUUUUAAUUUAGGAUUUAAUGCCUUUAUGGCUGCACCUGUACGUGGUGGCCACGUAAAAAAUCUCUGGGAAGAAAAAGAAGCUAAAAUUGUUUUUUGGUCAAGUUGCAUGAGAAAAUUGUUCCAGGCCUCAUUUCUGAGUCUGUGUCGAUAGAAGAACUGGAACUGAUGUUGAAAAUUGCUGCUACGAUUUUAUGUCACGUCAACAAAAACAUCUUUUUGUUCAUUUAUCUUUAUUCCACACCAGUAACAAAUAAGUUCCCCACUAAAAAAUAUGUAUUUCCGGUGUUCGAAUCCACAGUGGUGUAAAUACUGAUGAGUAUGUUAUGUACAGAACGGAGCAUGGAUGGAGAAGCAUCGACUGACGUUUACUGCCCUCUAGUGUCGGAUGCUCUUCUGUAAAUAGGAAACUGUUAUUUCUACUAUUGUCUGCUGCCAGUCACAGCUCAACAACAAGAACAGAUUGUCUUUCUCUUAACUUAACACAUAUAUUUUCAGUUUUUUCAUGUCAUAUUAAUUAUGUAAAGAACAAACGAGUCCUGACGUUGACCAGUAAAAACAUAAUGUAGG